AGCAGCUGACCUCCAAGGCUCCGUAUAAUAUCCUCGUCCUAUUUCAAGCUUGCUAUUAGCCACUUUCUGAUUCUGCAUAACCUCUUUUACAUCCUUGGGCGAGAGCGCCUUGGAGUUAUACUUUGCGUAUAACAUCCACCCAGCAACCUACCGCACUGUACAACGUAGCCAUCUGUUCUUUUUCUUGCCCAGAGAGCCACCGGCCAGCAAAUCAUCAUGCCUGAACCCCACCACGAGGACCCCGCUUCCAGCCCAAAGUCCACCAUUUCGCAGCCAAAAAGUCAACAGCGACGCAACCCGCUAUUGCGGUGGACUACGGUAGCGGUAACCCUCCCCCCACCAAUUUUCUUCGUCCCGCUACUUCUAGUCGCCAUUUACUUUCUCUUCUCUUCUUCUUCUUCUCCUCAAGUCCAACAACAAUCUUGUUCGCUUCAAUCCGUUCCACAAGUUCAGACAGCUUCUCUCAGCUCCUCAACUCCAAAAACCGCCGCAAUGUCUACCGAGCAGACCUUCAUUGCCAUCAAGCCUGAUGGUGUUCAGCGUGGCCUGAUCGGCCCCAUCAUCAGCCGCUUCGAGAACCGAGGCUUCAAGCUGGUUGCCAUCAAGCUCACCACUCCCGGCAAGGAUCAUCUCGAGACUCACUAUGCUGACCUCUCUGGUCAGAAGUUCUUCCCCGGUCUCAUUGAGUACAUGAACUCUGGCCCCAUCUGCGCCAUGGUCUGGGAGGGUCGUGAUGCCGUCAAGACUGGCCGUACCAUCCUCGGUGCCACCAACCCCCUUGCCUCCGCUCCUGGCACCAUCCGUGGCGACUACGCCAUCGAUGUCGGCCGCAACGUCUGCCACGGCUCCGACACCGUCGAGAACGCCCAGAAGGAGAUUGCUCUUUGGUUCAAGGAGGGUGAGGCCGUUUCCUACAAGGCUUCUCAGUUUGACUGGAUCUACGAGAAGGCCUAAACUACUAUUUUGGGAGGCUUAAAUUUUGCUGCCCUGGGAAUAGCGGAUAAGCUGUAUUAUAAAAGCGAACAAAAAUAAACAAGCUGAAAUUUACUUAGUUUCGCCUCUUUCUUUAUGUUUUAUGCGUUUCGUGUCAGUGUAGACUUUGCCCUAACGAGUAUCUUUGCAAACCAUGGCGUGGCCCAGACACUACCGAUGAUUCGGAUGGGGAGAAGUACUUUUGUGAUAGCAUAUGCCAGGGCAAC